CUCUUGACUGGUAUUGAGUGUGGCCGCGAAUCCGUCGCGCCAAGCCACACUAACGGAGACUGCGCUAGCUCGAUUCGGCAGCCAUGGCGAUCGCCUCCUUCCACCCGCCGAUCCAAAUCCUCUCGCCGGCUCCCUCGUUCCCUCGGCCUCCGUCGAAGAGGCUUCGGCCUCUCCUCCCCCGUUCCCCAACCCGCCCAAAAUCCCAACAGCGGCGGGUAUCCCGGAGGCAAGCCAAGCCCCAGCCCUCCGACACCGACCGGUCCCUACUCACCCGGGCCUCGGGCCUCCUCAAUCGAAUUAGAGGCGAUGAGAUCAGCUUAGAUAUACUGAGCAUUGCCCUGCCGGCUGUCUUGGCUCUUGCUGCGGACCCCAUCGCUUCGAUUGUGGACACCGCCUUCGUGGGACACUUGGGUUCUGUUGAGCUAGCAGCAGUUGGUGUCUCAGUCUCAAUAUUCAAUCUGGUUUCGAAGCUGUUCAAUGUUCCUUUGCUCAAUGUGACUACAUCCUUUGUUGCUGAACAACAGGCACUAGAGUGUAGUCCUGAGAGCAAUGAUCAUGCGAUUGAAGCAGGGGGCAAAGUUCCCACUGGAAGAUCUUUGCAACAAGAGCCGAUCAAUUAUGCUGAUGGAGAAAGUAGGAAGUUUCUUCCAGCAGUAUCAACAUCUCUGGCUUUUGCUGCUGUAGUUGGGAUUGCGGAAUCAAUGGCUUUGAUCUUUGGUUUGGGACUGCUAAUGGAUUUCAUGGGUAUAUCUGUUGAUUCACCUAUGCGCUUACCAGCUGAGCAAUUUCUUACUCUACGUGCAUAUGGUGCUCCAGCAAUUGUACUAGCACUUGCUGCACAAGGCACAUUUCGUGGCUUUAUGGAUACAAAGACACCGCUAUAUGCUAUUGGUGCUGGAAGCUUACUAAACGCGAUAUUGGAUCCCAUUUUAAUAUUUCUAUUUGGUCUAGGUGUAGGCGGUGCUGCAAUAUCUACCGUAAUUUCUGAGUAUAUGAUUGCUGGUAUCCUCCUCUGGAAGCUGAAUGAGAAAAUAAUACUGUCUCCAAAUAUUAACGGGGAAGGAAUGAGUCUAUAUCUAAAAUCUGUUGGCCUCUUGGUUGGUAGAACUAUAGCUGUGCUCAUUACAAUGACAAUAUCAACUUCCAUGGCAGCACGGGAAGGCCCAGUUGCCAUGGCAGGUCACCAGAUAUGCUUACAAGUUUGGUUGGCGGUCUCUUUGCUCAAUGAUGCCUUGGCACUUGCUGGUCAGGCUUUACUUGCAAGUGAAUAUACUCGGAAGAACUAUGUACAAGCCCGUCUUGUAAUAUACAGGGUUAUACAGAUUGGAGCAGCAACUGGAAUUGCAUUGGGUGUGUUGUUGUUCUUUGGAUUUGAGCCUUUCACAACUUUAUUCACCACUGAUUUUGCUGUUCUCCAAAUUGCUCAAUCUGGCAUUCUGUUUGUCACCGUUUCUCAACCGAUCAAUGCGCUUGCUUUUGUAAUCGAUGGCCUCUAUUAUGGUGUCUCCGACUUUUCGUAUGCUGCAUAUUCUAUGAUACUCGUGGGGGUAAUCUCAUCACUGUUCCUACUAAUAGCUGCUCCUGUAUUUGGACUUGCUGGAGUAUGGGCUGGUUUGGUUUUUUUCAUGAGUCUGCGUGCAGUUGCUGGGAUUUGGAGGUUACAAACCAAAGGUGGACCAUGGAAGAUACUAUUGUCUGAUAUGGAGAUAGGAACGACAAAAGAAUGUUGAUGGCCAUUGAUUUAACUGGAUGCCGAUGUUGGUGAUGGAAUAUACUGCCCUCACAGAUCUACACUUGUACUGCAGCUGUUGUUUUUCAGUAGGCAAGAUAUUGGAUGAUCUUAGACAUGACUUAGUACAGUAAACAGAUACCAGAUACAGCAUAAGAGAACAAGGAAGAAGAUUGGCAAAGACUCAAAGUUAGGUUCUAGAUGAUAAUUCAUUUCUGAAGAUGAACUACUGACACAAAAACUGUCAUUCUUCCAAAUAUGCAGUUGCAAGAACAAUAAAUUAUCCUGCAGAGCAUGGAAGGGCUAUUAAUCCAAAGAACAGAGCACAAUAGUACCAGUUGUUUCGUGGCACUAAAUGGUUGUUGGAAGAUACAUAUCAGAGGUAAGUCGGAUUUCCCUGCAUAAAUGGAACAAAAUGCCUUCCAUAUUUACAUUUAUGUUUAUAGCAUGAGAGCAGGCAGAUAAGAAUUUAAGGCCAAAUGGGUAAGAGAAUGUAUGGCAAAUAAUUUGCAAUAGCGAAAACCAGCAAGAAUAUUUUUUUUUGGUCCUUGAAAUCAAACUUUUAUGUAUACUCAUAGAAAUCGCAUUGUUGUCCCAAUGUUAUCUGUCAUGGACUUAAUUAUAUUGACUUAUUUCUAGAA